AUGAGCCAAGAGAAGAACUCCCUGCUGGGAAGCCAGGAAGAUGCUGUUCGAAAGAAAACACACUUCCACCCGAGUUGGUGGCUGACUCUCUGUAUCUUCGUUACCACCGCCUGGUUCACAUGGUCCCAUUCUUCCCGUUCCCCUCGAAGCAUCGAGGAAAGGGCGCAAAUCAUCUUAUCGCAGACUCCACUGUUUGAUGGUCAUGACGACUUCCCGAUCUUGGUCCGGGAGAUGUUUCACAAUCGUAUAAAUAAUCGUAACUUCACGGAGCCGUUUGUCAAAGGAACAUUACCUGGGCAUGUGGACAUUCCUCGAUUAAAACAAGGUAGAGUUGGUGGCAGCUUUUGGAGUGUUUUCGUGCCCUGUCCUGCAAAUGGGACCGAUCUGUCCGAUGAGAAUUAUGCAGCAAGCGUGCGUGAGACAAUGGAGCAGGUUGAUGUCAUGUCGCGAGUUCAACAGGCUUAUCCCAAAGUCUUUUCAACCCCGCCCAAUGGCACAACUGCCCUGUCCGCUUUCCGCGAAGGCAAGAUCAUUUCGCCGCUUGGCAUUGAGGGAUUGCAUUCGAUCGGAAACUCACUGGCCCACCUCCGAAUUUUCUAUGAGUUGGGAGUUUCGUAUGCAACUUUGACGCAUAACUGUCAUAACCGCUAUGCUGAUGCUGCCCUUCUCGAAGUUCCGGGCGGCGGAAUCAAGAAAGCCGACCCUCUCUGGCAUGGUGUCAGUGAAGAAGGUCAAAAGCUGGUGUUCGAGAUGAAUCGCCUCGGCAUGAUCGUGGAUUUGGCCCAUGUGAGCACCGAGACUAUGCGUGAUGUGCUGGGAGCUGGCAAAUCCGAAUGGGGAGGGAGUCGCGCUCCAGUGAUUUACAGCCACAGCUCUGCCUAUGAGCUCUGUCCGCACCCACGAAAUGUACCCAACGACGUUUUGAAGCUGGUCCGCGAGAAAAAUUCUUUAGUCAUGGUCAAUUUCUCACCGGACUUCAUCUCCUGCACGGCUUCUGACCGUGCUGAUGGAAUGCCAGACACGGACCCUGCCCACGCCACUCUGGAACGAGUUGUCGAUCAUAUUAUGUACAUUGGGAACCUCAUAGGCUUCGAGCAUGUUGGUAUAGGUAGUGAUUUUGAUGGUAUUCCCACGGUCCCGCGGGGAUUGGAGAAUGUGUCCAAGUUCCCAGAUUUGAUUAAGGAGCUGCUGAAACGGGGUGUCAGUGACAGUGAUGCAAGCAAAGUGGCAGGAAGCAAUCUGUUGAGAUUGUGGAAGAAAGUUGAUGAGGUGGCACUCGAGAUGCAAGCCGGUGGGGCACUCCCUGUGGAAGACUGA